CGGGCGGGGCGGGGGCGGCGCGUGCGCGGUGCCGGUGCCGGUGCCGGUGCCGGUGAGGGGCGGCCUUGCCCUGCCCUGCCCGUCCCGUCCCGUCCGGUCCCGUCCCGGCCAUGCCGUACCUGGGCGGCGAGGAGGCGCUGCGCGACCUGCGCCGGGCGCUGGGCAACCCGCACGUGCAGGCGGACCCGCUGCGGUACCGCGCCGCCGUCCUGCGCGUCGUCCGGCUCAUGACGCAGGGCGCGGACGUGUCGGGGCUGUUCGCCGAGAUGGUGAAGGCGGGCGCGGCGGCCGACGUGGUGCAGAAGAAGCUGGUGCACCUCUACGUGCGCGCCCACGCCCCGCGCCUGCCGCGCCUGGCGCUGCUGGCCGUCAACACGCUGCGCACCGACUGCGCCGACCCCAGCCCCGCCGUGCGCGGCCUGGCGCUGCGCAGCCUCUGCAGCCUCAGGGUGCCGGGCGCUCAGGAGUACGUGCGGCAGCCGCUGCUGAACGGGCUGCGCGACCCGGCCUCCUACGUGAGGCGCGCGGCAGUGCUGGGCUGCGCCAAGGUGCACGAGCUGCAGGGCGACGCCGAAGUGGACGGCGCCCUGGUGAACGAGCUGUACAGCCUGCUGCGGGACCAGGACCCCAUCGUGGUGGUGAACUGCCUCAGGGCUCUGGAAGAGAUCCUGCGGAAGGAGGGGGGAGUCGUCAUCAACAAACCCAUCGCCCAUCACCUCCUCAACAGGAUGGCCGACCUAGAUCAGUGGGGGCAAAGUGAGGUGCUUGCCUUCCUGCUGCGUUACAGACCCCGCUCUGAGGAGGAGCUUUUCGACAUUCUAAAUUUACUAGACGGAUAUCUUAAAAGCAGCAGCCCCAGCGUCGUGAUGGCAGCCACCAAGCUUUUCCUGGUCCUAGCCAGGGAGUACCCACAUGUGCAGGCAGAUGUUUUGGUGAGAGUGAAGGGACCACUGCUGUCUGCCUGCACUUCGGAGAGCAGGGAGCUCUGCUUCACUGCACUGUGUCACGUGCGCCAGAUCCUCAGUAGCCUCCCUGGUCAUUUUAGCAGCCACUACAAAAAGUUCUUCUGCUCAUAUUCAGAACCGCACUACAUCAAAUGCCAGAAGAUGGAAGUGUUGUGCGAGCUGGUGAAUGAUGAAAAUGUGCUACAAGUGCUGGAGGAGCUGAAAGGGUAUUGCACUGAUAUAUCUGAAGAGCUUGCCCAGGGGGCGAUCUCUGCUAUAGGCAAUAUUGCUAGGACGUACACUGAACAGUGCAUGGGGAUUCUGACAGAGCUCUUGGGGUUUCAGCAGGAGCAUAUCACCUCAGCGGUAGUUCAGGCUUUUCGGGACCUGGUUUGGCUGUGUCCCCAGUGCACGGAUGCAGUGUGUCAGGCGCUGCCUAGCUGUGAGGACACCAUCCAGGACAGUGAGGGCAAGCAAGCACUGAUCUGGCUCCUGGGGGCACAUGGUGAGAAAGUACCAAACGCCCCCUAUGUUUUAGAGGACUUUGUGGAGAACGUGAAAUCAGAGGUGUUUCCAGCAGUAAAGAUGGAGCUUCUGACAGCACUGGUGCGACUCUUCCUAUCUCGUCCUGCUGAAUGUCAGGACAUGCUAGGGAGACUGCUCUAUCACUGCAUAGAGGAGGAGAAGGAUAUGGCAGUACGAGACCGUGGAUUGUUCUACUAUCGCCUCUUACAGUCCGGUGUGGAAGAAGUGAAGCGGGUCCUGUGCAGCCCUAAGUCUGACCCCUCCUUAGGGCUCCUGGAAGACCAAACUGAACAACCAGUGAAUACGUGGGCUUCUGAGUUUAAUACUCUUGUACCUGUUUAUGGCAGAGCACGUUGGGCGCUUGUCACUGCUCAACAGCCAGUGGAAUCCUGCUAUGCUUUUUCUCCUUGUACCGACUCUGGGAACAGAGGCACAGAGUCUCUGAUUUCUGAAGGGAAUCAAGAAGUCCUUGAGGUUCAUCCUGAUACAGGCAACCUGACCUUAAUUCCUGAUGUUUACCUGACUGCAGAACAGUUUGAGAAGACCUGGCUGAGCCUGGACAUUAGCUGCCAGCACUCUCUGCCCUGGGGCAGAACUGUUCAUCCAGAUACCAUACAGACUGCUUUUCAUGUCGUCCACAUCCAUACUAUUGCUAUGAGCAAAGCUGGUGUCCAGCCAUGGAAAGCUUAUUUCAGCGCUCAGGAUGACACUGGUUGCCUCUUCCUAACAGAGCUAUUGCUUGAGACAGAAGAUUCGGAGAUGCAGGUUUCAGUGAAGCAGAGUGAGGCAAAGCCUGAGGCGCUGCAAGCCUUCAUGUCCGUUUUCAGGACUGCCAUGGGAGCGGUUGCUGGGCUGAAAUCCUGAUUCAUCUCUGUUCCCAGUGGGAUGCUUGCUCAGGGCACAGGCAGAGUUUAUUCUCUGGCUUCAAUUUGCUGUUCCUGAUGCUCGUUCCCUACUUUUAAACUGUAGGAGUGUUAUCAGCCUUUCCCUGGAGCAGUGUUAUGCACAGAAACCACAUGCGGUAUGAGGGUAGCUAUGGUACAAACUACUGAGGCUGGUGAAUGGGGUGAGGUAAAUGAUGUCUUCCCCCUGGGCUGGGGAAAAGACAAGAUCAUGUAUUUCUUAGCCUGCUAGUUCUGAUGCGCGUCACAGAAGUGUUGGCACCUGUGGUGAUUGUCACAAGACACUAAUGUGACUGGUGGAACCAGAAGUGAGCGAAAUUCAGGGCAGCAUUUUGGAGUUUUUUUCAAGAGAAUAGCUCUGAGACUCCAGGGCUCUGCUGCUUAUUGUGUGUAGGGGGACACAGUGCGAUGCAGGGACAAGUACCUAGCUCUGUGUUCCCUUUGUAUUUGAAAUGGGUUAUUCUAAUCAUGAAUCACCCUCAGAAAAGUCUUUUCUCAGAUCCCUGUGGCAAAGGCUUCUUUAAGACAAUGCAGGGGUGAGCAAGAUACAUAAAAUGUGUUUGUGUGAGUUAACGAGAUUGAGUUUUGUACCUGGCAUCACUUUGACAACCUCAGUCAGCUGUCAGUUCUCACAACAGUAAUUGAAGAAUUGCUGUUUAGAUUAUUAAUCUGUAUGGAAUAUCAUUUUUUGAUUAUAUUGUGACUUAAUUUUUCUACUUUUUGCUGCUGUCAUUUGCAGAAUUGUUUGUAUUUCAACCUUAUUUUGAUUUGUAACUGUGACUUCUGUUAGUUUCCUGUCGGGCAACUGUCAUGUCCAGGUACUGAUCACAGUCUUGUACAGGCUUAUACUUCCAGACUGGACUGUAUUUCUGUACCCCUCCCCCCCUUUCCUUUUUGUGCCUGUAUGUCUACUGCCCCAGCUUUUUAAUGUAUGAACUUUUUAUUUGUUUUUUAUAUACAUACUUUCUGUGUUUCUUGCAAUUUAAGGAAAGCGAAAUAAAUGAUCCCUGGAGAUCUCAGGGCCUGGCUUUCUCUUUCCACCAACUCUUUCCUUCUUUCUCUUUGCUUUAUUUUCUGUUUGCUUAGCUUAUUAAGUGUUCUCUGAGAAGAAAGUAUCACUCACUGUAGCUGGGCCACUUCAAUUAGCUAAUGUGUUUUUUUUGUCAAGAAUAUUGUAAUAAAAGAAUAAAAGAGUUAAAAGAGUAAAAAGUUA